ACACACACACACACACUCGCACAUACACACGCGCUGUCACAGCUCUGCGCGAGCACAGCAGUGCGCUACAACACGCUUCUGUGCGCAACGCAAUUCCACUCCUGUCUGGCAGUUUGGACAAAACUUGGUGCCUCCCGAGUAUGACUGACUGACUUACGAGAGCAAGACGAUAUCAGAACAUUUAAACCAGGAGGGCAGCGUGUUUUAAGCGGACGAUUAAGGGAGAGAUCAAUGGAGCGCAAUAACGCACGCAAAUCCAUGACAGCUGAAGACCUCUAAUUUAGUAUUAUUCGAGGUAAAGCCGACAAAGCAUGACUUUAUGAGAACAUGAAAUAGCUAGAUCAUGUCAUGCGUAGUUUGCAUUUGCUGUGCGCAAUUGGCUCAACAGAACUGCAUUUGAAUAUGACAUUCUGAGCACUAAAAAGGCAAAAAGGCUUGUUUUCUUUUCUUUUCUCACUCUGUAUUAUCGGCGUUUGUUCCUUGAAGAAGAUCACUAGUUGAAUACAGGUCACUUCUUCAAGGCAGCGCAUUUUUGGAAAGAUGGAUUUCUGGAUAUCUCACCAAGGGAUUGCAUUUAUGUUUUGCUUCGUUCUGAAUGUCGGCGCAACAGAAAUUGAGACAUGCGGAGGCCAGCUGGAUGCCAGUAAUGCUGGUUACAUCACAUCUCCAGGAUACCCUCUGGAAUACCCACCCCAUGAGAGCUGCCAGUGGGUGAUCAGCGCACCCGAACCCUCUCAGCGCAUCGUGCUAAACUUCAACCCCCACUUUGAGCUGGAACGACUGGAUUGCAGGUAUGACUUCAUAGAGAUCCGAGAUGGGAAUUCUGAGUCCGCGGACCUGCUGGGAAGGCACUGCAGUAACAUUGCUCCUCCUGCCAUCAUUUCCUCAGGUCCUGUCAUCCACAUCAAGUUUGUGUCUGAUUACGUGCACCAGGGUGCCGGCUUCUCCCUGCGCUACGAGAUCUACAAGACUGGAGCCGAACACUGUUUCCGAAAUUUCAGCGCUCCAACCGGAGUGAUUGAGUCUCCUGGUUUCCCUGACAAGUACCCUCAUAAUUUGGAGUGCUCCUUCAUCAUCAUCUCUCCUCCUCAGACGGAGGUCACACUCACCUUCCUGACCUUUGACCUGGAAAACGACCCUUUGCUGAUGGGGGAAGGAGAAUGCAAGUAUGACUGGCUGGACGUUUGGGAUGGCCUGCCACAAGUGGGACCUCUGAUCGGACGAUACUGUGGGACGAAAAUCCCUCCAGAGAUCCAGUCUUCCACAGGCCUUCUGUCGCUUUCCUUCCACACUGACAUGGCUGUGGCCAAAGAUGGUUUCUCUGCCCGCUAUAACAUUACUCGCAAGGAAAUUAGUGAGACAUUUCACUGUAGCAAUGCAUUUGGAAUGGAGUCUGGUAAGAUCUCUGAUGAUCAGAUUUCGGCGUCCAGCUCAUUUUAUGAUGGUCGCUGGCAGCCCCGUCAGGCACGUCUGAACAACGAGGACAACGCUUGGACACCUGCUGAGGACAGCAACAAGGAAUACAUACAGGUGGAUCUUCACUUCCUCAAGGUACUGACCGGGAUCGCUACCCAAGGAGCCAUUUCCAAGGAGACCCAGAAGUCCUACUACGUCACCACCUUCAAACUGGAAGUCAGCACUAAUGGAGAGGACUGGAUGAUCUAUCGGCACGGCAAAAACCAUAAGAUUUUCCAUGCCAAUACUGACCCAUCUGAGGUGGUUUUGAAUCGUAUUCCUCAGCCCGUUCUGGCUCGGUUUGUUCGUAUUCGACCACAGAUCUGGAAUAACGGCAUUGCACUACGCUUUGAGCUUUACGGCUGCCAAAUUACAGACGCUCCUUGUUCGGAGCUGCAGGGAAUGCUGUCCGGGCACCUCCCUGAUUCCCAGAUCUCAGCCUCCUCGGUGAGGGACCUUCACUGGGCUCCUGGAGCAGCACGUCUUGUGGCCAGCAGAUCAGGUUGGUUUCCCGGCCCUGCCCAGCCUAUAGCUGGAGAAGAAUGGCUACAAGUGGACCUCGGGACACCCAAGACAGUGCGAGGAGUGAUAACCCAAGGAGCACGGAGCGGGGAAGGAGGAACCAGCUCAGAGAACCGGGCUUUCGUUCGGAAGUACCGUCUAGCACACAGCCUGAAUGGGAAAGACUGGAACUUUGUAAUGGAUAGCAAGACUAGCAUGCCCAAGCUUUUUGAGGGGAACACACACUAUGACACCCCAGAGCUGAGGCGUUUUGAGGAACUGGCUGCACAGUUUAUCCGCAUCUAUCCAGAGCGCUGGUCUCCAGCAGGGAUCGGAAUGAGAAUGGAAGUCCUGGGCUGCAACCUGCCAGAAACCUCCACACCAGCUGUAGAGACAUCCAAACCAACUCAAGCCUCCACUGUAGAAACCAGCACAAUGCAGAAACCCAGUCCAGUUACCAGCGCUGCCCUGCCGUCUCACAAAGGUCUGUGUGAUUUUGAGCAAGGAUUGUGUGGUUGGACCCUUGACCCGGAUUCUGACCUCAGCUGGGCGCUACACAGUUCUAGUAAAAGCACUGCCUUGGGUCAGAGUCAAGAUCUCUCCAUGUGCUCAAACAGUUUGGGAAACUACCUGUACAUUGAGGCCAGUCCUGAGACGCAAGGCCAGAAAGCCCGGCUGUUCAGUCCCAGUGUGGAUCCCGACACCGGACCUCUCUGCCUGAUGUUCUCCUAUCAGCUGGAGGAUCAGGGAACCCUGAGGGUCCUGCUGCAGAACAAACACCAAGAGGAAACCCUGCUCUGGUCCCUCCGUGGAGACCAGGAGCCCAUCUGGAAAGAAGGACGGACCAUCAUACCUCGAUCUCCUAAUGCAUUUCAGGUGGUAAUCGAAGGAUUUUUUGAGGGUACCAAAGGCCACAUCUGGAUCGAUAACAUCCACAUGAGUGUGAACACACCACUGGAGGAGUGUACUCAGCCUUUUGCCGCGUUCCCUCCAGACAUGACCGUUAAAAAACCAGCGGUCGGAAAUGGGCGUCUCUUCAAUGGGAAGGACCACAUAAAUGCAGGUUUCCAGUUUCCAGAGUGGAGCACAGCCGAAACGCCAUCAGAGCCUCCGGUGACACGUGUGGUCGAUAAGGACAACACUUGGCUGUAUUCUCUGGACCCCAUUCUCCUGACCAUCAUCGUCAUGAGCUCUCUGGGCGUUCUUCUAGGUGCCGUGUGCGCUGGCCUCCUUCUUUACUGCACCUGCUCGUAUGGCGGCUUGACGUCACGCUCGUCCACCACUUUGGAGAACUACAACUUCGAGCUGUAUGAUGGGAUUAAGCACAAAGUAAAGCUUAACCAACAGCGCUGCUGCUCCGAGGCUUGAGGAGAACAGAUGGGGAGAUAUCAAGUAUCCUAAAAUGACCUCAAAGUAACCCGAUUUGACUCUUUGAAGAGACGAGCCUCAUCUCUUAGUAUUCCUGGAAUGCAUGUCCAUCUCAGCUGGAGAGCUCCUAGACUUAACUUCUCCUGGAGCUUAUUUUCCAAGCAGUUGUGCUUAUUCAGCUCUAACGCUGCUGCCAAGGACUUCCUCGUCUUUCACUGGAUUACAUCAAAAGUGGAGAGUUUGGUGCCACAAGGAUUGAAACCCUUUCCAGGGCUCAGCCUCAAAAUAAAUGUCGAUACAUAUCAAUGUUCUCCUAUUCCAAAAAGAUGAGAGUAUAUCAGUUUAGAUUUCUAAGAGGUCUAGUUUUUAAAAUGGGAGAUCUGUGACUGGACUUUAGAGCCACAAACGUCUGCCCACCAUCAUUCCCAAAAGUACAUUUUGUGGCCUAGGAUGUGGUGCAUUGUUUUUAAAGGCUUUGAUGGGUUUAAUGUUGCUUUAUUGUUGCUUUAUUGUUUUUCCCUCGCAGAGAAGUUCAGUAGCCCAGGGUGAUUAUACGUCAUUAUUAUUGUGUGUUUACAACCCAUUGCUUUCAGCCAACCAUUUUGUUUCUCUUGUCAGUCUGACAGAAAUGGAAAUGGAAAAGUAAGACAGAUCGAGGGUUCUUAGAUUUAGUUUUCGGCAAAGUGUGUUUUGUGGAUUGUGUU